AUGAAACAUCUUCUUUUUUUCACUGCUCUGGUAGCUACAGCAAAUGGCCUGAGCUGCCAGUGUUCUGGCUUGCAAGGUUGCAGCAAAGAUGUUUGUUCAGUCACCAACGGCAGCUGUUUUUCAUUUCAGGGAGAAAGUAUUAUCGAGAGAAAAAAGGCAGUGCAACUUACACUUAAAGGCUGCCAGGACAGUGCAGCGGUUUCUAACAUCUGCAAGGAAGGGGUUUUGUUCAUGUUGUCAGGGAAGGAUUUUUAUCUGAUGAGCAAUGUUGCGUGUAGUGACAAAGAUCAGUGCAAUAAGAAUGUCACUGCAGAACUUAAGAAGAAGGACAUUUCCAGCAGGAGCCAGACAUGCCCUUCGUGUUUUGCUCUCAGUCAGAAAUCAUGUGAUUCCCACCAAAUAUACUGCACCAGACUCCAGGACAAAUGUUUCACUCUCAUCGGGACAAUCAGAAGAGGUAUGUCUGCAGCUGAAGAGCUCAUUGCAAAGGGAUGUGCUACUGCAACAGCCAGCAUCUAUAAAAAUGGUACCACACUGCCCUUUGGAAAUGUAUCGUAUUAUCUUUUAAGUGUCCACUUUGAGGAAGCCAGAAAUGGUGUCAGCCAGAUUUCCAGUUGCCUGUCUUUUGCUGUUCUUCUGCCUGGUGUCCUUGUGUUCUGGCUGGACAAAUGUCUGUAUUGACCCCAGCCUGCCAGUGUCUUCUCUGCUCAAAUGGGGAAAGUAUAUCCCACACUUGAUUUCCACAAAAGAAGGCAUAAA